AUGGCUUCUGAAAACCCCAAAACACCAGAAGCAGCUAUUGCUGCAGGUCGCCAGCACUAUGGAGCGAAGCGCUUCAAGCCCGCCCUCGAGCAGUUUACAAGAGCAAUGAAGCUGUGUCCCUGCAGCCGUCAGACGAGGCGGGAGCGCUGCAGCUGCAAGGACUUCGAAAAGGUGGCCCAGGAGGGCGGCUCCAUCUUCAACGAGGCCAUGUACACCUGCAAGUGCACCGUAGGCAAGAUGUUCAACAAGUGCGACAACAAACACCACAUCCAGGCGCUCGACUACCGCGCAGCCACCUGGGAGGCGCUCCAGGAGCUUGACCGAGCGCGGAGAGAUGCUGAGUGGAUUCUUGAGCUGGCGCCUCGUCUUCCAGAUGGAUAUCUGCGGCUGGGCAAGAUCGCGCGCCUUCAGAAGAAACACGAAUUCGCAUGGCAUGUCUACACUGCCGGCAUCGAGGUUGGGAACAAACAUCAACUCGCAGAAUCGCCAAAGUUCCAAAAGCUCCAUUCUGCAAGACAACCGCUACAUGUUCGGUAUUAUCGCCGGGAUCCUCUAAGGAACCCCAGGGAGAUUGUGCAGCGCAUCUUUCAGUAUCUCGACUUCGCUACCAUCGUGCGAUGUCUCCACGUCUCAAAGGGCUGGCGGCAAUACCUCACAAGCCGGGGCAACGAGCGGUUCUGGCGGGCUUUGCUGUUCACAAGACAGUUUCCUCACCGAUAUGCUCCCAGUACCGCCUCUCUCAAGAAACUCAUCUCCUACUCUGGAAACGAUGUCCGGCAAAUUGUCAUUGAUAGCGUGCUGCGAUUCCGUCUCACACAACAAAAGCUUAAUACUCUCCUGCAAGGGUCAAAGAACCUCGAGUCCCUUGUUCUGCGAGGCAACAUCGAAGAGGACCUGCAGAUUCCGAUGGCGAACGGAUUCUUCAAGAAGCUCAAUCGCGUCUUCCUUGACGAAAUACUCGUUGGAAAACCUCACAUCCUGGAGCCACUGUUGACACAGGCUUCUGAGAGCAUACACAACCUUCACAUCCGUGGCCUGCCGCAAGUCGGAACGACCACGACAUUUGGGUUUCCAAGCCUACCCAACCUGCAAUAUCUGCGAAUCGAAGAACAAAAUAAACCCAACCCUAUUCGAUUGGGAAUUUGGACCAUUGCAGCUGGGGCACCACGUAUUCGGCAACUCUGGCUCAGCGACGUGCAACUGUCAGGGCGCCAGCCUGAAGACACCGAGCUGGACGAAUUUUGGCCAAACCUCAACGCGGUUAUAGUGAAUGGCUCGACAGACUCUGAUCCUGAAACAGCAGAAACCAUCCAGAAGCUAGCUUCGAUACGCCAAGGAGACACAUUGCAGUAUGUCGACUUCGACUUUCGCUGGAAGUACGACGAGCAGGGGCCGCUUGGUCUGAGGAUGCUGUCCAACAUGCUAAACCAGGAGCCCGCGACAAUGGACAGUAACGAGUUCAACCAUGGUAACCAGUACAAAAACCUACACUCUUUGCGACUCACUCGAGCGCUGAUCCCGCCCUCGAAACUCCAAGCGGUCCUCAGCGAUGCCAUCGAAGCUCGCAAGCUUCACACACUUGACUUAGUCUUCCCGCUGGAGCCAUUUGGCACCCCCCAAGGAUCAAUAAGUGUCGAACACCUCCGCAAACAUGCAUGGUUGCGCAGCGCCGAGUCUAUCAGGUGUCUGGGCAUCUUUGAGUUCAGAUUCCGUUCAUAUCCAAAGAACGAUGACGACCUGCCUCUACCAAGCUUCCUGGCUACCUUCCCCAACCUCGAGGUCAUCGAGAUCAACUCUGCCCACUACGAGGGACCCGAAUUCGGCACCGUGAUUGAGGCCAUCUUGAAGGUCACGCACCUGCGGAAGAUUUACCAGACCACAGUGCAGGGCAUCGCGCUAGACCAGCUCCGUGGACUGGCUGCCAAGUACAAGGUGGAGCUUGUCUGGGGAGAGAGACCGCGGCAAUGGCCUUUGCCAAUCGAGGAGUAA